AGAGCGAAUACUCUAUUUACCGUAUGACUUGUGCGCACUUAGCAAAUUUACAAAUAAGCCCGUGUACUAGUGUCCAUAUUUAUCUAUCAUCGUUGAUUCGAAUGUUUUAUUUGCUUUUGUUUCCCCGAAUCGUUUAUCAUCAUCACUUCCUGUGGCGGUUACAGAAUGAUUUCAUUUUAAAUUUCCAAUUCAAUAGAAAAUGUCUGGGUUCAUGAGAUGGUCCUGCCUUGUCCUCCUCAGUGGAUUCCUAAUCCAACAAUUAAGAUGUCAAGUGCUAGGAAAAAAUUCGGAUUGUGAGUCUUACGGAGAAUGUUCAGAGUGUUUACGCCAUUUAGGAUGUGUGUGGUGUAUCAAACCUAAUAUAUCGAGAAAAACACAUAAAAACGAUCUCAUACACUGUUAUCCGAGGGAAAGCUUGAUUUACAGUAUUUGCGAUCCUGAAAACUUAGUGGAUCCUCCUUCUACUGAAGAAAUCACUUCUCAAAAGCCACUACAAAGUAAACAGGGUGGUCAUGUUCAGGUUACACCCCAAAAGGUUAAGUUGACAAUGAGACUCGGAGAAGAGAAAAAAAUAAAUUUCCAAUUCGCCCAAUCAGAAGAAUAUCCCGUAGAUUUGUAUUAUAUAAUGGAUUUGUCAGCAUCAAUGGAAACUCAUAGGGAAAAACUUGGUAACUUGGGAAGCGAAUUGGCACUCACCAUGAGGAAUAUAACAAAUAACUUCAGGAUUGGUUUCGGCAGUUUUGUAGAUAAAGUACAGUCGCCGUUUGUCAAUACAUUACCACAAAAACUAAAAUCUCCAUGUAGAUUAAUUAAGAAAAACGAAGUUAUUUAUUGUGUAUCACCGUACAGUUUCAAAAACCAUAUGAGUUUGGAUGGCAAUUAUGAAAAAUUCUCACACGAAGUAUCAAGAGCCAAGAUUUCGGGGAAUAUGGACUCACCUGAAGGAGGUUUUGAUGCUAUCAUGCAAGCAAUCGUGUGUAAAAAACAAAUUGGCUGGAGAGAUCAAGCUAGACAUCUUUUGGUUUUCUCUACAGAUGCAAGUUUUCAUAUAGCUGGUGAUGGAAAAUUAAUUGGCGUGGUUGAGCCGAAUGAUGGGAAAUGUCACAUGUCUCAUGAUCAAUAUGACUCUUAUCUCGAUUAUGACUAUCCUUCUGUAUCCCACCUCAAUUACAUAGCUAAAAAGAACAAUAUCAAUCUAAUAUUUGCGAUAGUCAAAACAAAAUAUUCCAAAAAUAUCUUAAAAACAUACGAAGACUUGAGUAAAAACAUAGAAAAUUCGUAUAUUGGGGCGUUGGAAGGUAAUUCGGACAAUGUGAUAAAAUUAGUUUUGGACAAUUACAAUAAAAUAGUAGAUUCAGUUAUCAUAGAUGUCAACUCCACGGACAAUAUCGAAGUACAAUUAAGUUCGAAUUGUACAACACCAAAAAUUAAUGGCUGCUCAGAUAUUCAUGUGGGGGAGAUAAUCAAUUUCACUGCUACGAUCAAACCAUUGACCUGCACUGGUUACAAAGGAGAACCGAUAUCGAUUAUGCUGAAACCCGAUGGUAUAGAUGAAAACUUAACGAUCGAAAUUGACUUGAUUUGUGGAUGCGAUUGUGAAAAACGGGAGUCUCCUCAUUUCAUCGAGAAGUCUAAUAAAUGUUCCAACGCUGGAGAUCUAACAUGCGGAGUAUGUGCUUGUGCCCCUGGCAGAUACGGAACCCACUGCGAAUGCGAUGGAGAACAAGCAAAUUCCUACAACGAGACCAAUUGCAUAGAAAGACCUGGCGCUUCGGUAUGCUCCGGCCUUGGUCGCUGCAAAUGUGGAGUUUGUGAAUGUUUCAAGAGUUCGAAUGAAAACGAGAUGAUAAGUGGAAAAUUCUGCCAAUGCAGCAACUCUUCUUGCGAAUGGGAUGGCGGAUUGCUUUGUGCCGGCAAUGGUGAUUGUUCCUGUGGGGUCUGUCAGUGUAAAGCAGGAUGGGGCGGGACAUCUUGUAGUUGUCUCGAAAGGAACGCCACCUGCAUUCGAGAAGGGGAUAGCGCAGUGUGCUCUGGUAACGGCAUCUGCAGCUGCGGCAAAUGUGAAUGCAUUACUGACUAUACCGGAAAAUAUUGUGAAGAAUGUCCUACAUGCAGAGAUAGAUGCGAAGAUAUCAAGAAUUGUGUGGAAUGUAUAGUUUUCAAAAGUGGACCAUUAAAAAAAAUGUGCAGUUUGAAUUGCACCGAAUACUAUAUCGAAGAAGUAGACGAGCUCUCUCCAAUAACGGGGGAUCAAAAAUACAAAUUAUGUCGUACUAUAGAUGACCACAGAUGUACCACUGUACAUAGAUAUCGCUACGAUAAAGACCAAAAUAUCAUCAUAGAAGUUUUGAAAAAGAAAUCCUGUCCACCAAGCAUUUUAGUUUGGGCCCUUGGAGUUAUUGGUACAAUCUUCCUAGCUGGCCUUACUAUGUUACUCAUAUGGAAGGCAUUUACUACCAUACAUGACAAGAGGGAAUACGUUAGAUUUGAGAAUGAAAGGAAGAAAGUGAAAUGGCACACCAAUGAAAAUCCACUCUACAAGGAUGCAACUACAACGUUUCAAAAUCCAGUAUACAAAUCUUAAUUUUCAACAGGAAAAUGAUCUCAAGAUCCCAAGAGGACAUUAAGUUUUAUUAUAACUGUAAUAUUUAAUAAAUUUUUUACUUGUUUGA